AUGCGCAACCUAUUCAGAUCCCUCUUCAAUCCGUCAGCUCCGACCAACAAGGUCCCUGUAGAGAAACAGAAUGUCACCGGUGUCCUACCGCCUCCAUACGAGCGACAUCAACAAGCGGAGCCGGAUACUAGUCUUCCCAGACACAGCCUCCAAGAUCAUGGUGUCCUCUGUCUCAAACGUUGUUUAAGCUGGCGCAUGGCUAUUGAUUGGGACUUGCAAAACCACAUCUCGGAGCUCGAACGACCAAGCGAUUCGGAAUACUCGACCUUCGAGAAAGACUGCGAGAUCUUUGGCUUCUUGCUGGCCGAUCGCUAUGCGUUGCAAGACAUCAAGAACAUGGAAAGCCGCGUCGAAGAACACAUUUUCAAACCAGCUGAACGUAUCGGUAUUNNCAAAAGACUGCUUGUAAAUGUCUUCAUCAACUCGACGCAUUCACAUGUCUUGUUUCUGCUUAUCAGGCACCACCAUACUAACCUGACCAAAACGUCAGAUCUUCUCGAGUUCUUCAUGUUCUCGGUCCGGCGAGCAAUAGUAUACGGUCCUCACAAACGCAUUACCUACUUUCGAAACGAGAUGAUGCUUGUACGCCUUGUCCUCGAUUCCAGGAUCCUCAUCAAUCUCGUGGCCCCAGAGGCCAUCUUCGCCGACGAACUCAAAGCCGAAUGUGCAAGACUGCACAAGAACAACUUUUCCUGGCUACUGGACCCAGCAAGAAUCUGUAUGGAUCAGUCCGUCAGAACAAGAGCAGCCGACAUAUACAGCAAGCAAGACGCGCAAGUUGGCCGCUGGAAGGAAACAGAGUUGCUAUAUAGGGAAUGCCUGCGACCCUGCGCUGCCUGGAUGGAUCCUACUCUUGAUUCAUCGACCAUGUACGAAGUUCACUGGCCUUACUUCAAGACAGAUGUGGACUUUGACCAACAACCCGAAUUUCGCUUGCGCGAUUGGCGAGAGUACAAAAGUCUUUUGCCAGCAACUGUCAUCUGUGGCUCUGUCGGUUGGGCCAACUAUGACAUGGUAUUCCGAGAGUCUGAAAAGCCGGAGAUUGUCAUGACACACCAGAAGUCAAGCGAUCAGCACAAAGAGAAGGCAGUGGGAUAG